AUGGCUUCUGUCCAAACUGCGCCCAACCUUCCUCAGGGUCUCACCCAGGCUGCCAUCACUGAGACCUAUUCCAAAUACAAGCAGCUGAAAGAUCAAGGCGUCCGGUCAGAUGACCCGGAAUUCCUAAAACUGCAAAAUAUCCUGUCCGCGGUACAAAAACAGUCACGGUUCAGGAGCCAACAGGCAGAGUAUUUGAAACAACAGGCUCAGCAACAGGCUCAACAAGGUCAGCAGCAGCAUCAUGGUGGAGAGACCAAUGGCGUCAACGGACAUGCACCCACCACCACGUCAAAUGGUAUAUUAUCGGCCCAAGCCACUUCGGCAACUGCAUCUGGCUCUGCAACAAUGCAACUCACAGGCAACGUGGAGAAAGCGGCGAGCUCACCGCCAAAGCAACAGGCUGACAGCAAUGGCAGUCUAUCAGAUGAGCAGAUGCGAAUCCUUAAGAACCAGAUAUUGGCGUUCAAAAUGCUCAGCAAGAAUGCUGCGAUACCUCCUGCUCUGCAACAGCAGCUAUUUAAAUCACAGCAAAGCAAGCAGCCACCAACGGUUGCGCAGGCUGUCGCAGCUGCCAGUCAGGUCCUAGAAGACGUCCAUCGCACGACGAAGCAGAAGGAUGCAAAGGACAAGGAGCGACUACAUAUGCACAAAACGUACAGCGAUCCCCACAAUUACAUCAAGCCUAGCAUCAGUUAUGCGAACCACACCGUCAGAGCAAACCGGAUUCAAGUGUAUCCUUUGAUGCCAACCGGUGUCGACGUCAAUCGACUCCGUCGUGAUCGCGAGCUUGGCAUUUCCAACCUUCUGACGUCGCGAAAGCUGGAUCUGUACGAGAGCCGAGCUUUAGCUGGUGUGGAUGGGGACCGUAUCCGGGACGAGCGCGAGCGCAUUGCUUACAAUCGUAUCACGUCAAGGAAAACAGAGCUCGAGAGUCUGCCCGCCAAUCUUGCUGUGUGGGACACAAGCAAGAGUGACACGCCGCAAGAGGACGACUCCCUAAAGCGGAAAGCCCUCAUUGAAUAUAAGAUGCUUUGCUUGCUUCCGAAGCAACGUGCCUUACGCCAACAAGUUCACAGAGAUUUGGUGCACUACGACAAUCUAGCUCAAACUGCCAACCGUUCGAUGUACCGGCGACAGAAGAGGCAGUCUCUUCGUGAAGCUCGCAUGACCGAAAAGUUAGAGAAGCAACAGCGAGAUGCUAGGGAAACAAAGGAGAAGAAAAAGCAGAACGACCACAUUCAGUCGAUACUCAUGCAUGGCGAAGAAAUAAAGAAAGCAGCCGAAACGCAAAGGGUCAGAGUGCAGAAGCUAGGUCGAAUGAUGCUGGCGCAGCAUCAGCACAUCGAGAAAGAGGAGCAGAAGCGUGUCGAGAGAACUGCGAAACAGCGUCUACAAGCGUUGAGAAACGAUGACGAAGAGACAUACCUUAAGCUUCUUGGCCAGGCGAAGGACUCCCGCAUUUCACACUUGUUAAAGCAAACGGAUGGUUUCUUAAGCCAGCUUGCUGCUUCCGUGAAACAGCAGCAGAGGGGUGCUGUCGAACAGUAUAAUCCUGAAGUGGAGAUGCCCGAGGACGAUCUUAGUGAAAGCGAGGAUGAAGUGGAGGGCGGGCCUAAGGUGGACUAUUAUCAGGUCGCCCAUCGUAUCAAGGAAGAGAUCAAGGUGCAACCCAGUAAUCUCGAAGGUGGAACGUUGAAGGAGUACCAGGUCAAGGGUCUCCAAUGGAUGAUAUCGCUCUACAACAACAACCUCAACGGUAUCCUCGCAGACGAAAUGGGUCUCGGAAAGACUAUUCAGACCAUCAGUUUGCUCACAUAUCUCAUCGAGAAGAAGAAGCAAAAUGGUCCAUUCCUCGUCAUUGUGCCUCUAAGUACGCUUACGAACUGGAACCUCGAAUUCGAGAAAUGGGCACCUACAGUAUCCAGAAUUGUCUACAAAGGGCCUCCCCUUGCUCGCAAACAGCAACAGUCGCAGAUCCGGUACGGCAACUUUCAGGUUCUCCUCACCACCUACGAAUACAUCAUCAAAGACAAACCUGUCCUCAGCAGAAUCAAGUGGGUCCAUAUGAUCGUUGACGAAGGACAUCGUAUGAAGAAUGCCCAGUCCAAGCUCAGCAACACCCUGACUCAGUACUACAACACGCGCUAUCGUCUCAUUUUGACCGGGACUCCUCUGCAGAACAAUCUUCCAGAGCUGUGGGCUCUCCUUAACUUCGUCUUACCGACUAUUUUCAAAUCGGUCAAAUCAUUUGACGAAUGGUUUAAUACUCCAUUCGCUAAUACCGGAGGUCAGGACAAGAUGGAGCUCACCGAAGAAGAGCAACUGCUAGUCAUUCGUCGGUUGCACAAGGUCCUUAGACCAUUCUUGCUACGUCGCCUCAAGAAAGAUGUCGAGAAAGACCUACCCGACAAGCAAGAGAGAGUGGUCAAAUGCAAAUUUUCGGCCUUGCAGGCGAAGCUGUACCAACAAUUGGUCAAAAACAACAAGAUCUCCGUUACGGAUGGCAAAGGCGGCAAGACCGGCAUUCGCGGUCUCAGCAAUAUGCUGAUGCAAUUGCGCAAAUUAUGCAACCAUCCAUUCGUGUUCGAGCAGGUGGAAGAUCAAAUGAACCCUACGCAUUACAGCAACGAUAUGCUGUGGCGUACCGCUGGCAAAUUCGAGCUUCUCGAUCGCAUAUUACCCAAGUUCAAGGCUUCAGGCCAUCGGGUAUUGAUGUUCUUCCAGAUGACCCAGAUCAUGAACAUCAUGGAAGAUUUUUUACGACUUAGAGAAAUGCAGUAUCUACGACUUGACGGGUCGACGAAGUCCGACGACCGGUCGGAGCUGCUAUCACAAUUCAACGAUCCAGAAUCACCAUACUUCUGCUUUCUGCUUUCAACACGUGCCGGAGGUCUCGGCUUGAACCUUCAAACCGCUGAUACUGUCAUCAUCUAUGACUCGGAUUGGAAUCCUCACCAGGACUUGCAAGCCCAAGAUCGUGCUCAUCGUAUAGGUCAGAAGAACGAAGUCCGCAUCUUGAGAUUGAUCAGCUCCAACUCCAUUGAAGAGAAGAUUCUCGAACGAGCUCAGUACAAGUUGGAUAUGGAUGGCAAAGUCAUUCAAGCUGGCCGAUUCGACAACAAGUCCACAAACGAAGAGCGAGAUGCCAUGCUGAGGACCUUGCUCGACAGCGCCGAGGCUGCAGAGGCGGGGGCAGAGCAAGAAGAAAUGGACGACGAUGAUUUGAACCAGAUCAUGGCUAGGUCAGAGAACGAAGUUACGCUCUUCAGAAAAAUGGAUGAGGAGCGAGCUCAAAACGCAAGAUACGGUCCAGAAGAGGACAAGCUUCCUCGAUUGAUGGGCGAGGACGAACUUCCGGAUAUUUAUAUGCAAGAGGACAAUCCCAUCGCUGAAGAGAUUGAGGAGAUCGCUGGUCGUGGGGCUCGCGAGAGAACGCGGGUCAAAUAUGAUGACGGGCUCACUGAAGAGCAAUGGUUGGCUGCUGUUGAUGACGACGAAGAUACCAUCGAGGAUGCCAUGGCUCGAAAACAUGCCAAGAUCGACAGGCGCAACGCGAACAAAGAUAAGCGGGCGAAGAAAGCUGCAGGAGAAGAGAGUUCUCCCGACAUAUCCAGGGACAGCUCCGUGGCCCCUUCAUCUAAGAAGCGUAACCGCAAGUCAGCCGGUGCAAAGCGUAAAGCGGACGAGGACGUCGACGAUGAGCCAGCGCCCAAGAAAAAACGUGGUGGUGCACGGCUUAGCAAAGCUAUUGAGACUCUCAGCACGAGUGAGCGCAACCUCCUUCAGAAGAUCCUCAAUAGCAAUUAUCAGUAUCUCAUGGACCUUGAAGAAGAGGUUCCCGGCGAGGAGGAUGACGAAGGUGGCCCACUAAUCAAAGGCUUCAUUGAUCCUUUCAUCAAGCUGGUACCGAAAAACGACUACCCCGACUACUACGUGCUCAUCCGUAACCCUAUAUGCAUGGAGCAGAUCGAGAAAAAGAUCAACAAGAAGGAGUACCGGAGCCUGAAGGAAUAUAGGGAGGACAUUCGCCUUCUAUGCGAUAAUGCCAGGCUCUACAAUGAGGAUGGCAGUCCACUCUACCAAGAUGCGGAUAAGAUUGAGGCUGCUACUGUGGCGAAGCUGAAAGAAGACACGGAGAAGCAUCCCCAGCUCCAAGACUUUGAUGACACCACACCUGCCGACGGACGCUCAACAGCAGCUGUCUCGAGUGUCGGUACGCCAAUGGCAUCGGGUGCCAACGGAGCCCCCAAGCUCAAGCUUACUUUCAACGGAGGCAGAGACGGAUAUACUAAUGGACUUAGUGAUGAAGAGUGA